AUGCCACCACUGAACAGUCGGGCCACGCGAGAACUCGUAAAGCGACGCCGUACUAUUCCCGGUCCACGUUCAUUACAUCGCGGUAUUCACUUUCAUGAGAAUGAGGCCUUUGUUUCAACCUACAAACAACGUAAAGAUGCGAAACGAAAUGAUCACCGUGAUCUUCUCGUACAUCACCAGAAACUUAACGAAGACUUGCAAGAUGUAUAUGCACGCACAGCAGCCCUGCAUGCAGAGAAUGCGACUAUGGAAGAACGUAUUGAAGAGUCAUGGCGGCAGUUUGAACGUAUUGGUGGAAAGCGUCCGGCGAAUGCCACACCGGCACUUCUUCAAACCCACAGCAACAUUAAUAAUAAUAAUAAUAAUAAUAAUAAUAAUAAUAAUAAUACCAACAGUGGUAGUAAUGGUGGUUCACACACUUAUGAUCAUCUGCGCAACAAUCGCACGGGUAUGGCCUUUGCCGAUCGUCUCUCGCAGGUCUCGCAGGAGAAGAAGGAACUCCGCGCACGUGCCCAGUGGGAACGUGAGACCCGCGGCGAGGCGGUGGACUACGCAAACGGCAGUGCCCUGCACGCGGCGAAGGAUAAACGCAUUGCCCUCUUCCAGCGACGACAACUGAAGCGUGAACAUCUUCUCCGCCGCAUGGGUGAUCCCACACCGCUGAAGCAGUCGGGCCGCUAUGAUAUUCACAGUGGCACACUGAAGGUAUUUAACAAAACAAUUCGUAAAGUGCAGCGGGAAGUGCGGCAUGAUGAGAAGACGCGGGAGGUGAAGGAGCGCAGACGGGGAGCCGCCAGCAGCAUGUGGGCACCGCGUGGAGGUGAAGAAAAUCCUAAUCGUCCAACUCAAGAUAUUGUACGGUAUACGAGGGAGUUUGAUUUGGGCCCGAGACGCACAAGCGCAAAGAAAGGAAAAAGAAGGAAGUGA